GCAACACAAACUUUAUUUCCCUAAAGUUUUCAAAAACAACAAAAACACACAAACUACUCUUAUCAACAAGCUUCUCUAAUCAUUUUCAUUCUAGUCAUGAUCAUUCGCAGGACUCUUUUUUUUUUUUUUUUUUCUCAGUCCUAUUUAGCAUGUUCUUGAUUUAAAAACAAUGUAUUUGAAAUUUGUGUUUGUAUCAAUUUUUCAUGAGCAGCCAGACCUACCUUUGCUUUCUUCACACUUGGAUACUACAUGUACUAACUUGUUCAUCUCAAUGAUUUAAAUAGUUAUGGGUUCCGUAGAGCAAUCACAUUUCAAAUAAGCGUAACGUCCGGGAAAUCUCUGAUAUCGGGGAAUGUGGACAUCAAUAAAAUUAAAAGCCAUACUUGAAUGUGAAGUCAGAGUAAAACCCCCAGAUGUCUCCAGCAUGGGCGUGUCUUCUUCAAUUUGGUCGUUGCACCAAUGUGGGAUUUCCCAAGAAGACAUUUUGCACCUCCCUCUUUAUGAUAGUCGACGCUCGCCUUGUCUUUGACCGACACUUCCAGACACGCCGAUAACACACAGAGAAGACAGACCAAGUGAGUUGAAGGGCGAGCAGACACAACUGGGGCCACAUGCAAGAAACCAUGAUAGAAAUGGAGAUCCCCACUACAGAAAUCCCAGCGAGAGUCACCACUCUGCGCUUUACAGCUAGCAAUGACUCCAACUUCCUGGACUCGCCUUUUCGUUAUCAGCUUUUCCCCGCCGCCUAUGGCAUCAUCUUCAUCGUGGGCCUCUUUGCCAACAUUUAUGUGCUCUUUGUGCUGCGCUGCCUUCGGGAAGCUAAAGCCAUGGGGGAAAUUCGGAUCUACAUGACCAACCUGACCAUCGCCGAUCUCCUUUUUGUUUGCGCCCUCCCCUUCUGGAUCGGUUAUUACAGCCGCCAAGGCACGUGGGUCUACAAAGACUUCCUGUGCCGACUGACCGGCUCCUUGUUCUUCAUCAACACCUACUGCUCCAUCCUCUUCCUUUGCGCCAUCAGCGUCAACCGGUACUGGGCGGUCACCCGGCCUCUAGACGCGGCCUCGUCAGACCACAGGCGCCGCGGAAUUGUCGUUUGCGUGGUCAUCUGGUUGGCGACCAUCUCCAUGGCUAUUCCCUUUCUGGCCAACCCGGGCACCAACCAGGACGGGAACGUCACCCGCUGCUUCGAGGGCUACCACAACGGGGACGACUCAUCCAAAAGGGCUGUGGCCGCCACGCAUUUCGCAAUCAUCGGACUGUUUUUUGUCGUUUUCGCACUGGUGGUGGUGUGUAACCUUCUCAUCGCCCGAGCUUUGUUUUCCCAAGACGCUCCUCAGUCCGAGCUCAAGUCCGGAACGAUUUUAUCCAGGAAGUCCACUAUGACACUCUCAUCCAGGAGGCCCACUGGGGUGAAACGCAGGGCUGUGCAGAUGCUCAUGGCGGUGGUCGGUGUAUUCGUCCUGUGCUUCCUGCCUCAUCACGUAGUCCAAGGCUUCUGGACCUUGGCGGUGCUGCAGAUCCAAAAGGGAUGGGGCCACGUGGACUGGGAUGGCGAGACCGUGCAGAUGCUCAAUGAUGCGCAUCAGAUCACAUUGCUUCUCAUGGGCCUCAACUGCAUUCUGGAUCCGGUGGUGUACUGUUUUGCCACUCGCAAAUUUCGACGGUUCAUCAUGGCUCACAUCAAGACACUGGCCAGGGGCGAGAGCUGCUCCCACACCGUUACCUCACAGAUAUCUUUAGACAGUCGGCACCAGAGCCAGAGAUUUCCCGAUGAGGUCAUCCAGCCAGAUCUCAACUGACUCGAACACACCCAAGUGACGGCUUGGGUUACGCCGGGAGGUCCUGUGUUGUCUACCCAAGCCGUACAGCUAUUUUCUGGACUGCUUGUCCUGGGGCGGGCCCAUCCCGUCUGACUCCGAGUCAUUGGAGGUCUGCAGCCUGGACUUGUCGUUAGCUAAUCACAAGGCACAUAUAGACAGACAACCUUCCACGCUCACAUCCACACCGUCAGAGUGGGAACUGGAACAACUGUGCUUGGACCGAACUCAGACCACUACAUCAUCGGCGACUCUUCUUCUGUGGCCAUGUGAAAACAAUUUUGAAAUUUGUUAGGUUAAAAAAACAGUCUGAUAAGUUAGAUCGGAUAAACAUUCCUGAUUUUGAAGACCCUGCAGAGAUUCGGAUGACACGACAACACAGAAAGGCUGAAAGCUGAUUGGACCACCGUCCACAUGAACUGCAGGCAGCCAAGAGAGACGCUAUCAAUUAAAGAGAUUAGACUUCUGGGACUGAAUUAAUUCAAUUUAAGACGAGAGUUGUGUUUGUAAUAGUAGCAGAGAAAGCCCAGCUGCUCCUGACCAGAGCAACUGCUUUUUAUUUAUUUUAUUUUUUUUUUAAACGUAGACUGAAUUGCGCCAAUCUGACUUCCUGCAUCACGUAUACACAGAAAAGAAGAAGUUUUGCAAGCAGAAGUUUGUGAGCUUCAUUGGAAGUCUCAAUCUUUGUCUGACGAUAAUCCACCAAAAGAAACUGAAAAAAGUUCUCAAGUUAGUCAUCUAGCUUUUUAUUUUUACAUGGCGUCAGCAUUUCCCACCAAAACAGUAAGUUCUCAGGCUUUUGGAAACCGCGGGCCUACGUGUUAUUUCAAAAUGCUUGCGGUGUGUUCUUCCGCUAACCACAACUUGUGGACAGUAGUUAGUCAACAAGUGAUUGUAUAAGUUAGAGUUCCCAUUCAUCUAAUCUAUCGGCUUAAUCAGAUUCAAUUCAUGGCAGAACUGAGUAGGUGCUGUCCGCAGUCACACUCGUAGGAUCCAGAUCUGUGUAGGCCAGGUUGGUGCUUGAGUAAUUCAUGUACACGUGUCCGUCAGUCACCGUGUGAGGAAGACCUCCGCUGUGGUGUAAAUAAAUACAUAAAUAAGUUUUAAAUAAUUUGUCUUGGUCCCAUUUUUUUGUCACACAACCUUGGCAUUUUCACAGGGAUGUGUAUUUUAAGAAUUUUUUUUAAAUAAAACCAUAGUGAAAAUAUUUACAUUAAAAUGAAAAUACAAUUUCAACACAUACAUUAAAGUGGAAGAAGCCUCUUUUUUUUUUUUUGUAAUCUGUUCUGUGUAGCCGAACUAGUCAAAACACAGUUUUGGGUUCUUCCACUUUAACUGUAUGUGAAAAA